CACACUAGGCAGGAGUGGAGAGGGAAGCCAGGGAGCUAAGGAGCAUUACAAUAGCUGAAAGUAUGUCUCAAACCGGCAAAAAAUGACUAUUCAGACAUGAGCCUCCAGGUUUGUCACUGUGGCUGGUCCAAAGUUACGACCUACCACGGCCUGAGAACCCACCAGGGGAAGAUGGGAUGCACCUCCAGGGGUGUGAAGGUGGAGGAGAGUGAGCAGCAGUACAUGUGGGCACAUGUGGGACUCACAGACAAUCAGAAAGACUUCCGGCCGGAUGUCUACACUUCUAUCAAGACUGACGCAACAGACCACUAUUCAGACAUGAGCCUCCAGGUCUGUCACUGUGGCUGGUCCAAAGUUACGACCUACCACGGCCUGAGAACCCACCAGGGGAAGAUGGGAUGCACCUCCAGGGGUGUGAAGGUGGAGGAGAGUGAGCAGCAGUACAUGUGGGCACAUGUGGGACUCACAGACAAUCAGAAAGACUUCCGGCCGGAUGUCUACACUUCUAUCAAGACUGACGCAACAGACCACUAUUCAGACAUGAGCCUCCAGGUCUGUCACUGUGGCUGGUCCAAAGUUACGACCUACCACGGCUUGAGAAACCACCAGGGGAAGAUGGGAUGCACCUCCAGGGGUGUGAAGGUGGAGGAGAGUGAGCAGCAGUACAUGUGGGCACAUGUGGGACUCACAGACAAUCAGAAAGACUUCCGGCCGGAUGUCUACACUUCUAUCAAGGCUGAUACGGCGUCCGCUGGACCAUCACCCAGCGAGACUGUCUCAAUGGAGACACAUCUGGAAUGCUCCAUCUGCAUGAGUCUGUUUGUGGAUCCUGUCACUACAUCUUGUGGCCACUCCUUCUGUAAGGAAUGUUUGGACCGCUGUUGCAAGCAAAAUGACAGGUUGUGCCCCCUAUGCAAACAGAUUCUGAGGAAAAUACCAGAGGUGAACAUCGUUUUGAGAAGCAUUGCCGAACAGGUGAAAAAGACCCAGGAGGAAAACGAUAAGUCCACUUUGGCGCCCGGUGAGGUGGCCUGUGACAUUUGCACAGAGCGGAAGAUAAAGGCUAAGAAGUCCUGCCUUGUGUGUCUUGCCUCGUAUUGUUCGACCCACCUGGAGAACCAUUCUUCAAAUAAAAGGUUGAAGGGCCACAAGUUGGUGGAACCUGUGGAGAACCUGGAUGAGAGGGCCUGUCUGAAGCAUGGAUGCCCCAAAACAAAGACAAAGCUUGAAAACACAAAGGCAGAGUUACAGGAAAUAAUUGUGUGGAGAAAGUCAUGGGUGGAUGAGACUAAUGCAUCUCUUCAGAGCUGCAAGAAUGCGCCAUUGCGGCCAAGCACCAAGAGCUGUACCAUCUCAACAGAAAAAACAGGCCCAAUCAAGAUGGAAAACAAAUUAUCUUUUGCAACUCCACAACGCUCAUCCCAAAGAGCCACGCACCCAAAGGCAAGCCAUCAGCUGCAGGAUUCCUCCACCCAUCCACAGAGAGAAGAUAGUAGAGCCACGGCAGGAUAUUGCAGCCAUACUGACUCUGCAACAGCAGCCGCAUUCAAGCAGGAGCCCAAAACACCGACUCUACCACGCUCUUCCCAAAGAGCCACAAACUCAAUGGCAGGCCAUCGGAUGCAGGAUUCCUCCACCCAUCCACAAGUGAACGCAUCAGACGGGGAGCAUCCGACCGCAACAAACCCGUUGGCAGUAGUCAGACCUAAGAAAAAAGAGUGGAAGGACCAAACAUUAUCACAGAAAUCUGACCGUAGAGAGAUGCCAGGAAGUUGGAGCAUCAACAGUUCCGACUCUGCAACAGCAGCCACAAUCAAGGAGGAGCCCAUGUCACCGUUAGCAAUUCCACAGCAGUCUUUCCAUGCAGCCUCAAACUCAAAGCUGCAGGAUCCCUCCACUGGUGUGCAGGUCAAUAGAUCGGUCAGGGAGCGUCCACCUGUUCCACCCCGGGUGAAGAGUUUGGUCAGAGAGCAUCCAACCACCGCAGACCCAGCAACAGUAGUCCAACCUAAAGGGAGAGGAUCCGACAUUGGCAAAGCUUUUACAACUCCACGGCCUUUCCAAAACGGGACAAACUCAACACCAGGCCAUCAUCUGCAGGAUUUCUCCACUGAUGUACAGGUGAAUAGAUCGGUAGGGGAGCAUCCAAGACCUUCACCUUGGCCCACAGCAGUGCAGCCUAAGGAGAAGGACAGGGAGGACCACACACAGUCACUGUUGAAGGAGCUGGCCGGGAUGUUUUCAGCCACCACAACCCAUGAAACAGCAGUCCGACCAAUGAAGAAACACAGAGAGGAACAACAACUGUCACAGGUAAAGCUAUUAGCUCAGAAGUUUUCAGCAUCCACCACAGCCCAGAUAUCAGAAGUCCAGCCAAGGGAGAAAGACAGGGAGGAUCCAAAACUACCUCAGAAUUUACCAGAUACCAGAGGUGCCACCACCCAAAUGAAUCCUGCUUCAGGAGAAACCACAACUGAGGAUCCUAAAAUCGAUUCAUCCACUGGCACAGAGCUUGCGUUGAGUGUGAAGGAACUGGCCCGGAUGUUUUCAGCUACAACAAGAGAGGAAACAGCAGACCGUCUUAAGGGGAAACACAGAGAGGAACCAAAACUGUCACAGGUGAAACUAUUUGCUCAGAAGCUUUCAGCUGGCACAGCCCAGGAGACAGCAGUCCACCCAAAGGAGAAAGACAAGGAGGUCCAAAACCUAACACAGGUAAGGCCAAACAGAAAUACCGCUGACACAGCUGUAAAGGAGAAAAUCCAGACGAGUGACCAAAACGUGGCUGAAGGCAGAUCAUCUGUAAAAGCCCGUAAGGGCAGCUCAAAAGCUGAGUGGCAGGAGAUCACCUGCGUCUUCUCAGAAGUGGUGAGACUUGCAGAGGAUGCUAAGCAGAAGUCCCUUGGCCUUUCAUUGUCCACUCUGAGAACUACAACAUCAACCAUGAUGGAACAAAUUCAACAGAAUCUCGAUAAACUCUCCACUAUUGAACUUAAAUGGAUUUCUAAGUUUGCAGAUAAACAUGUUACAGAGAUCAAGGUACUCAACACAUCAGACAUGAGCCUCCAGGUUUGCAACUGCUGCGGCUGGUCCAAAGUUACGACCUACCACGGCCUGAGAACCCACCAGGGGAAGAUGGGAUGUACACCGAAGGGAUUGAGUAUCCCUGAGAGUGACCAAUUCAGAUUUAACAGUUACAUUCCUAAAUUGACCUUCGUGGCACCUCCGAUCAAAGUAGAAGACCCUUUUAUGAACAUCAUCACCCCUUCUUUCGAGACUGACUUUUCAUCAGACGUAAGCCUCCAGGUUUGCCACUGUGGUUGGUCCAAAAUGACGUCUUACCAUGGCCUGAGAACUCACCAGGGGAUGAUGGGAUGCACGCCAAAGGGAAUAAGGAUCCAAGAGAGUGAACAGAGUACACCAAUUAACUGGAUUACUCCAGUCAAGAAGGAGAUUACGUCUUCAAACCGUGCCACCAUAAAGAUGCCUGCUGACACAGAAGCUCCACUAAAGAUGAUCAAAUCAAUGAUGGAAAAUCAAGAGCGAUCUCUGCAAACGUUCACAUACUCGGACAAAACUCAUCAAACUCUGGAUUUCGCCAACGGUGCACAGGUACAGCCUUUGCUGAUGCCGGUGUCUCAGAUCUUUAGCACCCAAACAAACCCCACAGCCGCAGAUGUCACAGUGCAGCAGACCAACAAAUCACUGUUUGAAACUCCACAGCAUUUCAGCGCAACACAUCAGACCACCGCCAACGCUCGUCGAGCGCUUGAUUUCUCCACCAGUGCGCAGCAGGUGGGGCAACUGGCCUGGGGUCUUCCAACAACCACAGUUCAGGAAAUAGCAGUCCCACCAAAUGACACAGAAAAGGAGGAGAGAGAGAAGGAGAGGGAGAUGGAGAGAAAGGCUCAACAACUGCAAAAGGCGAGGCAAGACAGGAUGAGGGCUGAUUUAGAGCUGGAAAUUCAGACAAGAGAACAAAAGAUGACUAAAGUCAGAUCUUCUGUAAAAACCUGCAAGGGCAGCUUGGAUGCUGAAUGGCUGGAGAUCAACAACGUGUUCUCAGAGGUGAUGAGAGUCGUGGAGGACACGCGGCAGAAAGCCCUUCAACCUCUGGACGAGAGGAGAAAGAGAGUGAAGAAAGAGGCACAAGAUUUAGUCCAGAAGCUGCAAAAUGAAAUUGACAAACUCAAAAAGACCAUUGAUGAGUUGGACAAAAAGCCAGACUUGCAGGUUUCUCCAGGCCUGAAUGACUGUCAAGAUUGGAAAAAUGUCAAUGUUGACACUUCAUUCUGCUUUGGGUCGCUAAGAACUGCAACAUCAAACAUGAUGGAAGAAAUUCACCGGAAACUGGAAAAACUCUCAUCUGUUGAACUCAAGAGGAUUCCUACAUUUGCAGUGGAUGUGAAGCUGGAUCCAGCCUCAGCACACCGGUGCCUUGUUCUUUCCCCUGAUUUGAAGACAGUGAGAGAUGGAGGAAGGAACCAGAUAGUUCCUGACGCUCCACAGAGGUUUGACAUGUUCGGCAGUAUCCUGGGGCUCAACAGGUUGACAUCUGGGAAGUCGUACUGGGAGGUGGAGGUCGGCAACAAAACAGGGUGGGACCUGGGCGUGGCGAGACAUGAUGCAAACCGCAAGGGGGAACUCUCGCUGAGCCCAGAUGACGGUUACUGGGUUACGGUGCAUUACGAAGAUAAGAAGUACGCAGCCCUGACCGAACCGCCCACCAGCCUCGCACUGACGGAGAAACCUCAGACGGUGGGGGUGUUUGUGGAUUAUGAUGAAGGUCUAGUGUCCUUUUACAAUGUGACGGCUCAAUCUCACAUCUACUCGUUCACCGAGUGUUCGUUCACCGGUGAGAUUCUCCCAUAUUUCAGUCCACAUCUUAAACAAAACGAGAGGAACUCUCAUCCUCUGAUUAUUUCUACUGUGAGAAAGCAGUAGUAGUUACAUAAAGUGCAUGUGUGACCGGUGCACUCAAAGUUAGAAUGCACCUUCUCAGUAUGAAAUCUGUGAGUUCAGGUGUACGUGUUAUUCAUGAAUACAACUCCCCCCCCCGACCUCUCAGGUCAUGUAGGACAGGUGUGCUUUUUAUAAAUCACUAAACGGUUUAGGGACAAAAUACAUUUCUGAUCUGAUACUCCACUAUGACCCACCCAGACCUCUCAGGUCAUGUAGGACAGGUCUGCUUUCUGUCCCGAGAGUCAGAACUAAACAAGGGGAAGCAGCGUUCAGUUUCUAUUCUCCUCAUAUCUGGAACAAACUCCCAGAAAACUGCAGGUCCACAACAACUCAGUUCUUUUAAAUCAAGGCAAGACCUUUCUUUUUGAUGUUGCCUUUCUUUAAAUGGUUGUUAAUUUCUUUAUUGUUUCAUUUCUUGUACUGCACUGUAAUUUUUAUUCUUGUUUUAUCUGUUUUUAUUUUUUAUAACUGGUUUUGUGUAAAGCACUUUGAAUUGUUGCUGAAAUGUGCUAUAGAAAUAUAGCUGCCUUGUUUUAACUUAGUGUUCUAGUUACUGCAUCCAAGGUGUUUAAAGGUUGUUUACCAGACUUUGCUACUGUAUUUGGUUGAGGUGGGGGCGUUUUUUUAUUACUAUUUUGUUUGGACUGCAACUAAUGAUAAUUUUGAUGAUUCACAUGCUGAUUAUUUUCUCAAUUAAUUGGUUGUUUAGUUUGUAAACAUGCUGAUAAAUGCCAUCACAAUUACCCAGAGCUCAAGGUGACGCCUUCACACAUGUUUUGUCAGAACAGUAGUACAAUAUAAAUUCUAAUUAUUCAAAUGAAAAGUAGCACAUUUUGGAAACUGGAACCAUAAAAUGUUUUUGCAUGAAAAAUGACCAAAGUUGGCGAUAGAAGCAUGAAGUGGCAGGAGAAGAAAAUACUCAAAUUCUAAGUAUCUCAAAUAUGUGCUUAACUAUGUAGUAGGCAGAUGCAUUUACAACUUCAUAACAUCUGCCUGGCUACAAUGUUUCUCAGACCAACUUCUUUUAACCUGCGUUGACGCUUCUUUUGUGCAAUUUACACUUUUGUAAAU